AUGGCCAUCUUCAACAUCAUUACCAAGGCCUUGUGCCUUGGCUUCGUCUUCACCACGCUCUACAUCGUCUCAUACAUCAUCUACAAUCUCUUCUUCCACCCCCUCCGCCGCUUCCCCGGCCCGAUACUCAUGCGUGCGACCCGCGCGACAGCCUGCUAUCGACUCUGGCGCGGCACUCUCUCCUUUGACAUGCUCGACAUCCACAAGAGGUACGGCGAUGUGGUGCGCAUCGCCCCGGACGAGCUGGCCUACGCGGACCCCGCCGCGUGGAAGGAGAUCAUGGGCCACCGGGUCGGGGGCAUCGUGAACGGGGCCCGGGCGCCGCUCGAGUUUGAAAAGACGGAUACAUUUUACCUGCCGGUCGCCAAUUUGCCGCGGGACAUCAUUACGGCGCUGGGGCCGGAGCAUGCUAUGCUGAGGAGGUCGUUGAGUUACGGGUUCAGUGAUCGGAGUUUGAGAGAGCAGCAGCCAGUGAUUUUGAAGUAUGUUGACAUGUUUAUUGCCAAGUUGCGGGAGAUUGCCGAGGCUCCAUCUCGGGAGUCGUACCGAGAUGAGGUCGGUGAGGAUGCGUCGUCAGUGGCGGAUGUCAGGGAGAAGGGGCCGGAGCUGGCAGGACCGGUGAACCUGGCGCUGUGGUACAACUACUGCACUUUUGACAUCAUCGGGGACCUGGCCUUUGGUGAACCGUUUGGGUGCUUGGAGGAAGGGGACUUACACCCCUGGGUGAGGACGAUUUUCCAAAUGAUUCGGCUGGGCGUCGCGCUGCAGACGGCGAACCACUUUUCGGUGCUGAGGCGGUUUAUCACCGUGGUGAUGUCGACAAAGGCGAUGAGGGAGAGGAAGUUGCAGCAUCUGAAUAUGACGAUGGAUAAGUUGAAGAGAAGGAUUGCCUUGGCGGAGAGGGAAGGGCCGAGGGCGGACUUGAUGGAGGGGCUGUUGAAGAAGAAGGAUGCUUGGAAUCUCUCCCUACGACAGCUCGAGAGCAACGCGAGCAUGGUCAUCCUCGCCGGCUCGGAGACGACAGCGACGCUGCUUUCGGGCGUGACGUAUCUCCUCUUGAGGAACUCCGAGAAGAUGGAGAAACUGGUCAGAGAAGUCAGAACGACCUUUAAAAAGGAAGAGGAUAUUGACCUCACGUCUGUGAACAAGCUGGCCUACAUGCUUGCGUGUCUGGACGAGGCGCUGCGGGUGUAUCCACCCGUGCCUACGGGUCUUCCCAGGACGGUGCCGGAGGGCGGGGCCACGAUUCGUGGCGAGUUUGUCCCGGAGAAGACGAUUGUUGCUGUCCACCAGUGGGCCAUGUACCACAACGAGGCGAACUUCAAGAACCCUUCCCUAUUCCACCCGGAACGGGCUUUGGGAGACCCAGAGUAUGCUUCUGAUCGCAGGGAGGCGUUUCAGCCCUUCCACAUUGGACCGCGGAAUUGCUUGGGACGAAACCUCGCGUACGCGGAGAUGCGGAUCGUGCUAGCGAGGCUGCUUUGGAACUUUGACCUGGUCCUGGCGGAGGAUAGCAGGGCUUGGAUGGAGACCCAGAAGAUUUAUACACUGUGGGAAAAGGGGCCGUUGAAUGUUUACUUGAAGCCUGCCGUAGGUCACUGA